CCCACACCGUCUCAGAUUUCUGCGAUCAGAAAUUCCCAGCAAAAAAAGAAACAAUUUAAAAAACAUCCAUUUUUUCACAAUGCAGUUUUUCCUUUGCAAAAUAGUGACUACUGCAAUAUUUUCAAUAUUUUUUGUAAUAAUUCCGAGCCUUCCAUUCUCCCAGGGAGCGGAGGAUUCAAAAAAUCUCCUAAUCAUGGAUAGCUCUGUUGACGUAGAUGAGUACGCUACGUACGACGUUUCCACGUGUAAUUCCAACUUUCACCCAGGAAUCAUCUCGCUCUGGAUGAAAGGACUGGAUUGCGUGAAUAUUUAUCCGGCCUCUGAUUGCACCGGAUGGUUCAUUCGGCUCACUUUGCUUGGUUUCCCGCACUAUUGGCUAAACACGUAUCGUUGGAUUGGGGAAGAAAUGAUCAAGGAAAACUUACAAAUUGGCUCCGCUGGACCCUGCUUCGAUAAAUGUGACGCCCGAAAUUGGCAGGGUGACAGGAUAGAAGCGGUCCAUGUCACGCUCUAUGACAAAACAGAAUUCAGGGGCAACCCCACACCUUUCCAUGUCGACCACGAUGGCUGUAUUUUGAUCCCGCCAUCGAUCCAAAAUGUGUACUCGAUGAAAAUAAAUGGCGAUGAAAAUGCCUGCAUCGAUCUGCAUUCUUUGCCAAAUUGUGGCGGGAAAUCCAUCCAGUUUCGCCCAGGUUACCCAAACCUGGAGAAUUUAUUUUCGUGGGGAUUGACAAGGUAUAACAUCCAAGGAGUAGAAUGGCAUCCAAGGGCAAUAUCGCGUUGUGGGGAAUUCUGCAAUAAAUCUCUGCCCCUUCCCGAAGUGGACGUUGUCAUGGAGACAGAAGGACCUCUCAUGGCGACUGAAGGACCUGAUCUGGAGAUAAAAGGACCCAACAUGGAGACAUAUCCUUUAGGGAGUAACAUAGUAACGCUGUAUGACCGUCACGGGAAUUGUAGUCAUUCAGACACGUUUAAUCUCACCUACGGCUGCAUCACAUUGGACGACUACAACCCAGAGAAUCCAUUCAUUCAGACCAACGGACAUUGUGUUCUCCUCUACGGGAUGACCAACUGUGUGGCGGAUUACGGCUUCUAUGUCGUUCAAGGCUCAAGAAACCAUUCCUUCCAGAUUCCUUUGUCGCCUCCAUUUUAUCCAAAGUCCAUUCAGUUAUGUUACCAGGUUCCGCCCCAGGAAGAAGAAAAAGAAUGUGGGAAAGGUGGACUUAAUCCGGUAAAUAACCCGCUACUACCGAUUUGGGCAUUAAUUUUGAUCGGUUUAGUGGCCAUCUUUCUCCUCAUGCUUACGGCCGUCGGGGGAGCAUACAUUUCUAAAAGGUAUUAAAGUACUGGGCUCCAGGGAAAAUUUAGCGUCUCGUAUAAAUCGGAAAUGUGAGAUAUUUAAGUAAUUUAAUAUCAGCAAUAACAUGUGUAACACAUGUGUAAUGUAUGCAUACAUAAUAAAAAGACGUGUCAGUGCGUCAAAAUGCAUAAUUUCAA